AAAAAUUGUAAUAAAUAACAUGGCUGAAGCAUCCAAACCAGCAAACUUCUAUGACAAAUUCACCAGGAACCCAUUGCAUUUCAAGAAGAAGAAAGGUGCGAAGCACGAGUUUGGUCUUGAAUAUGAGCCUAUCAUCCCAUCUGAGGGAGAAGUGAGACUUUUAGGUAACAGAGCUACUCAAUGCCAAUAUUAUACAAUCGGGGUCGAAUUCUGCCAUCAAGAAAUGAUCAAGAACGAUUCUGAUACUUUCCUCCCCUGCAAAGAGCCAAUCGACGCUCUAUGGAGAUGCUACACUGAAGAUAAGUACGGAGCUAGUAUUAGAGAUGCUCCUAAGGAGGCUAAACCUUAUGAAAAGAACUUCUAUGAUUGCCUAUUCAGACCAUCCUCUGGUACUGAUUUAUGCAUGGGUCACCUCCAUGAUAUGGUAAGAUCCAUCUACAGGAGUGAUGAUAAUGAGCUAUGCGACUGGUACUAA